UCAUCGACAGCGUAUUUAUUGAACGACAUAGAUUUAUUAGUGUAACUUAUUUUUCUUUUUUUUUUUUACUUUAGAUCUGAUGUAGAUAUUCUACGGCAGUGCUGCAUUGAAUUUCGCUCACAGUUUAUGGCAAUCUCAAAAGUUGACCCUUUCAUGUAUGUGACAAUUGCCUCUGCCUGUAUGGCUGUGUUCAGAAGUUUGCACAUCCGCCCCGAUACUCUUGCCAUGGUACCCGUGUCUGGAUACGUCAACACCACCAAAUACUCGGCCGAUUCCAUCCGAUGGCUUGACUUCGUUGCCUCCACUGAAGGUGUUACCAUCGAACAUGCAUUGAGUGGCACCGGAGAGAAGAAAAUAGCUGGGUUGUCCGUUGACGGGUUUUGUCAAGAAACAAAUACCGUCUACCAAUUUCAAGGUUGUUUCUACCACGGUUGCCCGACGUGUUUCGAUGGAGACUCCGUGCACCCCCUUAAGGGUGUCACGAUGUCAACUCUCCGUGAGGAAUCUGACAAAAAGACGAAUAGACUUCGUAUGAAGGGGUUCAGAGUAGUCGAAAUUUGGGAGCAUGAUUUUAGGAAGCAAAAGAAGGAAGACCCUCGCCUUCAAGACUUUUUGAAAACACAUACCGCUCAGGACCGGUUGCACCCAAGAGACGCCUUCUUUGGAGGAAGAACGAAUGCUCUGAAUCUCUUCUAUGAGGGUACUGCGAAGUAUAUCGACUUUACGUCACUGUACCCAUGGGUCAACAAGUACUGUCCUUAUCCUGUCGGGCACCCUACGAUAAUUACGGAGGGAUUCGACGACAUCGAUCAAUAUUUUGGAAUCGUGAAGUGCCGAGUAGUACCUCCUCGUGGGCUGUAUUUGCCGGUGCUACCUUGCCGAAUCCAAGACAAAUUGAUGUUCCCUCUUUGUCGUACGUGUGCCGAGAAUACGCAGCAGGACCCGUGUGCACAUUGUGAUGAUGACAGGGCAUUAACUGGUACAUGGGUAAGCGAAGAGUUAAAGCUCGCAAAGAAAAAGGGGUACCAAAUAACCGAUAUGUACGAAGUUUACCAUUUCCCCAUUUCAUCCAAUGUGCUGUUUCGCGAUUACAUCGACCUGUUCCUCAAAAUAAAACAGGAGAGUAGCGGCUGGCCUCGUGAAUGCAGCACAGAAGAUGAAAAGAGGGAGUACAUACUCCGUUACGAAGCCAAAGAAGGCAUAUUGCUGGACAGCAACGCCAUUUCAAAAAACCCAGGAAGAAGACAAGUUGCCAAACUGGCUCUUAACAGUUUUUGGGGACGAUUUGGCAUGAACACAAACAAAACCAGUUUGGUGUUUGUUAAUAGCAUCCCUACCUUCAACAAAUAUAUGGCCGAUUCAACAAAAAUUAUCAAAGAUGUUUUUUUCCCAUCUGACGAGCUGGCCGCCCUACAGUUUGUUUCUGCAGCCGAGUUUGUGAAGCAGGACACCAGCACCAACAUUUUUGUAGCUGCUUUCACAACUGCAUGGGCGCGGUUGAAGCUGUAUGAGGAGAUGGACAAAUUAGGGACUCACGUACUCUACCAUGAUACAGACAGCAUCAUUUAUUCCAGUGAUGGAACUAACGACCCUCCUCUCGGAAACUUUCUUGGGGAUUUCACGGACGAAUUGGACGGUGGCACCAUCUCUGUUUUUGUGUCUGGUGGCCCGAAAAACUAUGCCUACACUACAAGUGACGGGGAAACUUGCUGCAAGGUACGUGGGUUUACCCUAAACCACAGGAACGUCCAGCUCCUCAACUUCGAUUCCAUCAAGCAGCUCGUGCUAAGCUUGGACGAACCCUCCUCCAUCAAUAUUCAUAACCCGGCAAAAAUUUGCAGGGAGCCAAAAAGGAGAAAAAUUAUGAAUAAAGUUGAAAAUAAAAUGUAUCAAAUAAUCUACAACAAAAGAGUCAUACAACCGGACUAUUCGACCUUGCCCUAUGGGUACUAGACUUUUUCUCAUACCAUCACCUUUUUCUCUAUGCUCAAAAUAUGUUCGAAAAAAAAAUAUAUAUGUAUGCAAAUCACAUACUGUAUGUAAAUAGUUGUACUUGAUGAGUAUAAAAUUGUAUUUUUUCUUUACGAGUUUUGCAAAAAGUGUUUAAAUG